GGGCCGAGGCAGGUCUCGGGUAUGUAAACUGGGCCUCGUGUCGGCGAGGCUGGGCUCAGGUCACUGCCGGACACAGCUUCGGUUCUCCUGGCUCUGCCACCUCCGGGAAGGCUCCUAACGUCGACGACAGGAGACACCCGACGCUCUCCUUCUAACUUUUCCAUCGCCUCACGUAUCCCGCCACUCCCGCCCCGCCCACGCAAUGUCCACCAAAGAACCUCACACCAACUGCGCCUCCCGCAACCCCAGCUCCGCCUCUCGCGGCCCAGCCCCUGACAAGAAAACGCCCACAGUGCCCCCUCGGGCGGCGGGAAGCUAUGCAAGGGGGCGGGGUGGCGGCGGCGGCGGCGCCCGCGGAGCCUCCCGAGGGCCCUUGGGAGUCCUGGAGUACAGGGCCCGAGGCUCCUGCUACAGAGAAGCGCCGCUCUGUUUUAAACUCGACAACUCCGUCGUAGGGGCGGUCAUAGGUCGGGGUGGAACAAAAAUAAAGGAAAUUCAAGAAGCAACAGGUUCUAAAAUUCAGAUAAUAAAGGGGGAUCUCGAGUCAGAAACCAGAAUAUAUGGCAACAAGGAGAACCAGAAAUCAGCUAAGUUAAUGAUAGAGGAAAUAGUAAAAAAAAUCGAAAAGUUUUCUAAAGAGGACACAAAAACUGGAAACACUUUGAAAUCAUCCUGUAAUGAAAAUGGCCCAGAAAAAAAAGUACCAGUGAUUGACUGGGAGGCUAUUAAAGAGGACCACCUCCACUACAUUAAAACAAAGUGGGACGGUCUUCCUCCAAUUAAGAAAGAUUUCUACAUAGAAUCUUCAAAGACAAAAUUAAUGUCACAAACACAAGUAGAUAAGUGGAGGGAAGAAAACAAUAAUAUAAUAUGUGAUGACUUAAGAGAAAAUGAAAAACGUAUCAUUCCCAAUCCAGUAUGUACAUUUGAAGAUGCGUUUCAUCAUUAUCCUGAUGUUAUGGCUAAUAUAAAGAAAGUGGGUUUCACAAGACCUACACCUAUACAGUCACAAGCAUGGCCAAUAAUAUUAAAAGGAAUUGAUCUAAUUGGCAUUGCCCAAACUGGCACAGGAAAGACUUUGGCCUAUUUAAUGCCAGGAUUUAUUCAUCUUGACCUGCAGCCAGAAGAGAAAAGGGAUGGUCCUGGAAUGCUUGUGCUGACACCAACCAGAGAAUUGGCUCUACAAGUCGAGAGUGAAUGUAAAAAAUAUACCUAUAAAGGAAUUAAAAGCAUUUGUAUAUAUGGUGGUGGAGACAGAAGAGGUCAGAUUGAACAUGUUACUAAGGGUGUAGAUAUUGUCAUUGCUACCCCUGGUAGACUCAAUGACCUUCAAAUGAAUGAAUUCAUCAACCUGAAUAGCAUCACAUAUUUGGUUCUAGAUGAGGCUGAUAAAAUGUUAGAUAUGGGGUUUGAACCUCAAAUAAUGAAGAUUUUAUUAGAUGUACGGCCAGAUAGACAAACUAUUAUGACCAGUGCUACUUGGCCUGAUGCUGUACGUCGACUUUCACAAAAAUAUUUGAAUGAUCCAAUGAUUGUUUAUGUUGGAACUCUGGAUCUUGCUGCUGUGAAUACUGUAAAGCAGAAAAUAAUCAUAACCACAGAACAAGAGAAACCUGCUCUUAUACAUUCCUUCGUUGAAUCAAUGAAGCCUGAAGAUAAAGUAAUUAUUUUUGUAGGGAGAAAACUUAUUGCUGAUGAUAUAUCCAGUGACCUGAGCAUUAAGGGUUUACCUGUACAGUCAUUACAUGGUAAUCGAGAACAAAGUGAUCGUGAGCGAGCACUGAACGAGUUUAAAACAGGAAUGGUAAGAAUAUUGAUAGCUACAGAUCUGGCAUCACGAGGUCUUGAUGUCUUAGAUAUCACCCAUGUUUUUAACUUUGAUUUUCCUCGGAACCUUGAGGAGUAUGUCCACAGAGUAGGACGUACUGGAAGAGCUGGGCAUACAGGGGAAUCAAUUACUCUACUUACUAGGAAUGAUUGGAAAGUAGCUGGUGAAUUAAUCAAUAUUUUGGAGAGAGCCAACCAGGAAAUUCCUAAUGAGCUUAUAUUAAUGGCUGAACGAUAUAAACAACACAAGCAGAAAAAAGAUGAAGAAAGAAACAUAGCAAGAACUCGUGUAAGGACAAGAAACAUUUAUUGAUUUUGGAAGCAUAUACAAUCCAGAGAACAACUUACUUUUGGGGUUGUUGCCUUUCAACUUAGCAAAAGCUGAACAGUUAGCAAGCUGGAGGACAUCUGGAGGAAAGAUGGGAUUUGGGGUUUUUUUGUUUUUUUUUUUUUAAUAUAUUGUGAGGAAACAAGAGUAUUACAAAUUUCUGAUUGAACGUUGAAAGUUCAGAUCUGAAUGGAAGUAGAGAAAAUCUGACUUGCAUAUGAAGGGACAGUUCAAUCGUCAAUAUAAUGUUUAAAGAUGUAGACAUCUUAGAACAUUUUUGUACUUUGUUUAUUAAAAUCAAAACUAUAUUU